GCCCUACUGCUGCAACAAGUACUUAUUGCUCCUUCAAUCUCUUUCUUCAGCUUCUUCCCUUCUAUAUUCUUCAUCUUCUAACCUUCACAACUCUCACUUUCACGCAUCACUCCACAAACAAAAGCUCCCUUUCCUCCACAAACUCUCAAAAACCUUUUACCCUUUUCUUUCAAAAGAUUAACCACCAAGAUGCCUAAGGGAAACGCUCCUCAGACCAAGGUCCACUACAAGGGCCAGAACGAGGACUUUAUCGUCUUCGUUGACGACCGCGAGGCGGUCCUCAACUGGAGAAAGGACAAGUCUAUCCCUCUCGCCCAGGUCGUUAGCGGCUGGAAGUUCUUCAAGACGCACAAGCACGGUACCCAGGGUGUUCUUGACGGUGCCUCCAAGGGCGACCUGCAAAACGAGUUCGGCUCCGAUGACGAUGACACCGUCAUGAAGGCGAUCCUUGAGAAGGGUGACAUCUUGCAUUCAGAGGCUGCUGAACGCCAGGGUCCUAAGAACGACAGCAAGGGUCCCAUGAUUUCUCACUAGACUACGACGAUCACGACUCUUUGACGACUCGUUUCGGAAUUUUUCUUUGCUCUUAAUAUCCUCAAAAAAAUAUCAAUGGUUCGAUGCGGUCGGCGUUUUGAGCGGCACCUCUCAAAGAGAUUUGAGUUGCAUAUAUAGUCUUUGAUCAUAUGUAGCCGCCAAUCCCGCCAGGAUGCGUUCAUCCAACCGCCUGCCAUUCCUGCCAUCAUAGCUAUCGGCAUCUCCAUUUUUUUUAUUACGAGAUAUCACGGAUGGGGUCUGAAUCAGCAUUAGGUGUUAGAGAAGCGGGAUACACGCUGGCUUAGUUGGCUGCAUUAUCCUCGU